GUGGCCGCGGUGGCCGGCGUCCCCUCCGAGCGCCCCGGCGCGGAGCAGCGCGCGGUGCGGAGAGCGGCAGAGGUCCUGGGGCCCGAGCCUGGCCAGCAGGAGCAGGUGACCUUUGGCAGUGGUGAUGCCCUGGAGCUGAGCUGCCGCUCACCGGGGGGUGGCCCCAUGGGCCCCACUGUCUGGGUCAAGGACGGCAUGGGUCUGGUGUCUUCCCCCCGGAUCCUGGUGGGGCCCCAGCGGCUGCAGGUGCUGAACGCCUCCCAGGAUGACGCUGGGACCUACAGCUGCCGGCAGCGGCUCACGCAGCGAGUGCUGUGCCGCUUCAGCGUGCGCAUGACAGAGACUCCAUCCUCAGGCGAUGAUGAAGAUGGGGAAGACAUGACCGAAGACACGGGGGCCCCUUACUGGACCCGGCCCGAGCGGAUGGAGAAGAAGCUGCUGGCCGUGCCUGCUGCCAACACAGUUCGUUUCCGCUGCCCGGCCGCUGGCAACCCCACACCGACCAUCUCCUGGCUGAAGAACGGCAAGGAGUUCCGCGGGGAGCACCGCAUAGGCGGCAUCAAGCUGCGGCACCAGCAGUGGAGUCUGGUCAUGGAGAGCGUGGUGCCCUCCGACCGCGGUAACUACACCUGCGUGGUGGAGAACAAGUUCGGCAGCAUCCGGCAGACGUACACCCUGGACGUGCUGGAGCGCUCCCCACACCGGCCCAUCCUGCAGGCGGGGCUGCCCGCGAACCAGACCGCGGUGCUGGGCAGCGACGUGGAGUUCCACUGCAAGGUGUACAGCGACGCCCAGCCGCACAUCCAGUGGCUGAAGCACGUGGAGGUGAACGGCAGCAAGGUGGGCCCGGAUGGCACGCCCUACGUCACCGUGCUCAAGUCCUGGAUCAGUGAGCAUGUGGAGGCCGAUGCGCGCCUCCGCCUGGCCAAUGUGUCGGAGCGGGACGGGGGCGAGUACCUCUGUCGGGCCACCAAUUUCAUAGGCGUGUCUGAGAAGGCCUUUUGGCUGCGCGUUCACGGGCCCCGCGCAGCAGAGGAGCUGGUGGAGGCGGACGAGGCUGGCAGCGUGUACGCGGGUAUCCUCAGCUACGGGGUGGGUUUCUUCCUCUUCAUCUUGCUGGUGGCCACCGUGACGCUCUGCCGCCUGCGCACCCCCCCGAAGAAAGGCCUGGGCUCCCCGGCCCUGCACAAGGUUGCCCGCUUCCCGCUCAAGCGACAGGUAACAGUGUCCUUGGAGUCCAGCUCGUCCAUGAACUCGAACACGCCACUGGUCCGCAUCGCCCGGCUGUCCUCAGGAGAGGGCCCCGUGCUGGCCAACGUCUCUGAGCUCGAGCUGCCUGCUGACCCCAAGUGGGAGCUGUCCCGGGCCCAGCUGACCCUCGGCAAGCCUCUCGGGGAGGGCUGCUUUGGCCAGGUGGUCAUGGCGGAGGCCAUCGGCAUUGACAAGGACCGCGCUGCCAAGCCCGUCACGGUGGCCGUGAAGAUGCUGAAGGAUGACGCCACGGACAAGGACCUAUCGGACCUGGUGUCUGAGAUGGAGAUGAUGAAGAUGAUCGGCAAGCACAAGAACAUCAUCAACCUGCUGGGGGCCUGCACGCAGGGAGGGCCCCUGUACGUGCUGGUGGAGUAUGCGGCCAAGGGCAACCUGCGGGAGUUCCUGCGGGCGCGGCGGCCCCCGGGCAUGGACUACUCGUUUGACGCCUGCCGGCUGCCUGAGGAGCAGCUCACCUUCAAAGAUCUGGUGUCCUGCGCCUACCAGGUGGCCCGGGGCAUGGAGUAUCUGGCCUCCCAGAAGUGUAUCCACAGGGACCUGGCCGCCCGGAAUGUGCUGGUGACCGAGGACACCGUGAUGAAGAUCGCGGACUUUGGCCUGGCCCGCGAUGUGCACAAUCUUGAUUACUACAAGAAGACUACCAACGGCCGGCUGCCUGUCAAGUGGAUGGCACCAGAGGCCCUAUUUGACCGUGUCUACACCCACCAGAGUGAUGUCUGGUCCUUCGGGGUCCUGCUGUGGGAGAUCUUCACGCUGGGCGGCUCUCCGUACCCGGGGAUCCCCGUGGAGGAGCUGUUCAAGCUCCUGAAGGAGGGCCACCGCAUGGACAAGCCAGCCAACUGCACGCACGACCUGUACAUGAUCAUGCGGGAGUGCUGGCACGCUGCGCCCUCGCAGAGGCCUACCUUCAAGCAGCUGGUGGAGGACCUGGACCGUAUCCUCACCGUUACCUCCACCGACGAAUACCUGGACCUGUCGGUGCCCUUCGAGCAGUACUCACCAGGUGGCCAAGAUACCCCCAGCUCCAGCUCCUCGGGAGACGACUCUGUCUUCACCCAUGACCUGCUGUCCCCAGCGCCACCCAGCAGCGGGGGCCCUCAGACGUGAAGGGCCGGUCCUGCAGGCCGAGCCCCCCCACUGUGAGAUUGCUGCUGGUGUGAACGGGCCGCUGGCCCGAGCCUGGCACCGACAGGCAGGCCAGGCUGUGCCCCGUGCCUGCACACACGUGUUCCGGCGUUGGGUGCACAUGCCCCCGGAGCCUCUGCUGCUGUCCAGUAGCCUCCUGACUGGCCAGAGCCAGGAGCCCCGGGGGCCCUAAUUCUAGGGGCACCAAACGUAGAAUGUGCCAUCCUUGGGGGCCCUGGCCCUCACGGCCCACCCUGGGGAGGGCCGGGCUCUGUGUCCAAGGUGGACCUCGGCCCUCCAGUGCCCAAAGCUGAGCCUGCAGGGGGACCCAUGCGCUGUGAGCCUCCCGCCUGCACGCAGCACCUGCGCCAGGAAGCGAGUCUCAGGAUGCACCUCCCGGCCUCCCCGCUGCCCACCCCGCCCCUCAGAGACUGAAAUUACGGGUACCUGGAGGAAGGCUUUACCUUCUGAAAGGUUUAUUCCAGAAGCAAGUGUACAUUUAUAUAAAUAGAUGUGUAUAUGAUGGAUAUAUAUAUACAUGCCCAUAUAUAUAUAUAUAAUAUGUAUUAUAUAUAUAUAUAAAGAGUGUCUAUGUGGAAGAGGCUGAGGCCUGAGAGCAGGCCCCGCGGGGCCUCACUGGAGAGACAGAAGAGGGGCAAGGGGCAUUUCUGGUGCCACAGUUUUGUUUUAAAAAUUGUACCUGGACCUGUAUAUGUGUAAAGCUAUUUAUCAGCCCGAGCCCCGCCCUCCACGCACAUUCGUAGUGUUCGGCCAGCCGCGUGGCAGAGAUUCCAAUGUUAACUUAUUAACACCUGCCUUUGGAGGGGUCGCCUAGAAUGUACGUCCAGCCCCCACCAGGGCUGAGGCCCCUCGGAACUAAGUGGCCUUCAUCAUUAGAGGCGGUCAGUGAGCACUUCAUUUCCUUCUGGCCGUCUUUGGCAGGGGAGUUAGACUUCCAUAGGAUUUUUCUUUAGGAGAUGUAUUUUUUCAAACUCAAAGCCAGCUGGUAUUUUCCUACAGAUUCUUCUAAUUAUUGUGUGUUCCCAGCAGGUGCCGGCCCGCACAGCCGCAGAUGUUAUUAGAUGUUACAAGUUUAUAUAUAUCUAUAUAUCUAUAUAUAUAAUUUAUUGAGUUUUUACAAGGUGUAUUUGCUGUAGACUUAACACUUCUUACGCAAUGCUUCUAGACUUUAAUAGCCUGGAUUGCUACUUUCAAAGCUUGGAAGAGAAAGCCGUGAAUUCAGUUUUGUUACUUUUUGUACUGUUAAUGGGCCGCAGGCUCCGGUCUCCUGCUCGCCAGCCAGGGCAGUGGCCAGGGUGGCUCUUCCCGGGGCCUGGAUGCAUAGUUUGUCCACCCACACGGGAGACGUGAUAUUUGUUAACCUAGCCUGUGUACUUCCCCAAAAUAAAGAGACGACCGGUGCCA